AUGACUUCCUUGAACGAACAGAAUUUAUCUCAAGAUAUUGCAAUAAAUGCAUCAUUAAAUAAUAAAUCAACGUCGUCAGAUGAAUUAAUAAAUGACUCACAAAAACGAUCUGAUCAAUGUAAAGAUCAUGAUUCUAAAAUUGUUGAAAGAUCAAACGUUGAUGAAUCUUCUACUACGACCAUUCAAGACAAUGAUGACGCCUCGCGAAAUCAUUUUCAUCUGAGUGAUUUUGGUGAUAGAGUCGUUGGAACUGUCAAGCAUGGAUUAGACGCAGUCUUUGGUACGGAUAUUAAAAAUAUAAAUUAUCAUGAUCAAGAGCCAACUUCAAGACGUUCUUUAGCUCUUCGAUCAACUUCCUCACGUUCCGUUGGGGAAUUAUCAUCUCCUGAGAUUGUUCGAGAACAAAUUUCUGAAACAGAAGAGGAACUCCUCUUUGUUUUUCCUUCAACAUGA